AUGUACUCAGAAGAAAGAAGUGUCACUGUGUUAAACGCCACUUUUGUUCGUCCUGAUACAUUUUACAUCGGUGGAUUUACCAACCUUCCUCAUGCCAAGUACUUCUUUAUAUUUUUGUGUUUCAUUUACAUCAUGACUCUGCUUGGAAACGGUUUUCUCCUCUCGGUUAUUUACCUUGUGAAGACUCUUCACACUCCAAAAUACGUAAUUGUGUUCAGCUUGGCUUUCACAGAUGUGUGCGGGAGCACUGUGCUCAUCCCUCAAAUGCUGGACACGUUUUUAUUUGACAGGCGGUACAUCGCCUACAACGCUUGCUUGACUUACAUGUUCUUUGUUUUAUUUUUUACAAGUGUGCAGUCAUGGACACUCAUGACAAUGGCAUAUGACAGACUUAUAGCAAUUUGCUUCCCCUUAAGAUACCACAAUAUUGUUACUAUCAAAUCUAUCGUUGCUAUGCUGCUGUUUUCGUGGACUUUUUGGACAAGUCUCAUAGCAGUCACAGUUGGGUGUUUUAAUCGCCUUUCUUUCUGUGGAUCUUUAGUGAUACGAAGCGCUUUCUGUGAUCAUGGACCAGUAUAUGUUCUGGCAUGUAAUGACACAUUUUUAAAUUACAUAUUGUCAUAUAUUGGCUUCCUUACAGUCAUUUGUAUUCCGCCUGUGCUGAUAUUUUUAACUUAUAUUUGCAUUUCUGUCGCACUGAGCAGGAUUACAUCAAAAGAUCAACGACUUAGAGCACUGAAAACUUGUACUUCUCACCUGAUUCUUGUUGCUUUUUUCUUUCUGCCACAGGUGGGCACCAAUGUAGCUGCUUUGACUUCCUAUAUUCAUCCAAAUGCUCGGAUAAUAAAUGCUGCUUUAACACAUACAAUUCCUUCUCUGCUUAAUCCUAUUGUGUACUCUAUAAAAACAGAGGAAGUGUGGAGUGCUAUGAAGACACUUCACAAAAGAAACAAACUUCGUGCGCAAACAUAA